UUGACGAGUCAUCGCUGGAGAGGACCCCAGAGCAGACCGAGCCGCCGCUUUAAACGGGGAAUGUCGCUUCAUCACCGCGGAUUUAUCGCGUCACACGCGCCUUGAGGGGCAAAACGGCGGUUGCAGAAGCGGACCGGACUUCCAUGCAGAUGGUGGUUUUGCACAUUUGAGUGAAGCAGUUAUCUUUUUAGUCUGGACCCGAACGCAGACAACCCCAAAAGAGAGACAGACAGUAAAGUAGUACCAGAGCCGCCACUACAUCGUGCCGAGUCUCGGAGAGGAUUCCCACUGCAGAGGAGUUCAGUAGAGGCUCGUUUAUUCAAGCUUUUACCUUCGUACUUCAGCGGGACCAGCACAACCAACACCAAUGUGAUAGUGACAAAGACUCAAGAAGACCAAGCCGGACCGGGCCGGGCCGGACGAGGCCAGGCCGUACCAGACGGGUCAGCUGGGAGACGGCCUCGUCACAACCUGCCGUUCCAGCUUUAAAGAGAUUCGUCCGUGGCUGUCGGCGUCUGAUUGGUCUCCAGUCCUUCUAUGUUGCAGUCAGCUGUGUCUGGAUGUCGGCAGCAGGAUGGAUUCUGGACUUGAUUUGACCGUUCACACCUCGUUGCAGCGCUGGCCACGCGCCCUGACGGUCUGCCUGUCGUCCCUCGCCUCCCCCGUCUUUAAGCCCCCUCUUCUUACCUGGGGUGUCCCUCAGCCCUGUAAGGAAGGGCCUUAUAGGAACUGUAGGUUGUCUUGUUAAAACAGCUGACGCUGCAGACAGGAAGCAGAUCUGAUAAGUCCUUACAAACUCUUACACACUUUCCUGACACGACUAGUUGCCUUUGCGUUUUUCUGAGAAUAUCUCAAGUUGAGUUCCAAAGUUUACACAGAUAGUUUUGUCUAAUUCCUCACUUUUUUUUUACCUAAGUCCUUAUUUAUAUUUCCGUUUUCUUUCCUUUGUGGUCUGAGCCCUGCAGAAGAAUGUCCGAAAGUAGCAACAAAGCAGUAAAAUUCCUCUCCCCUCAUCCCCCGGCAUCCUCUGACUCCCCCUGCCCGUCACCUCAAACCCCCCACAAGAAUGUGAACGGCUCUGCCAGUUCAGACUCGCACGUCGUGGAGAAGAUCGGCGAGCAGCCUGAGGUGCGUCGGCGGCGCCACACCAUGGAGAGAGACUCCAAAACAGCCGAGCACCGCUUCUUCCGCCGCAGUGUUAUUUGCGACUCUAAUGCCACAGCUUUGGACCUGCCCAGCAAAGCGACCGUGCUUCUCACCUCGCCCCCUGACUGUGAAGGAACUACCCUCUUCUUCUCCCCGCAGAUCUGUAGGUCCGAGGAACAAGAACUCGAGGGCGAGAAGAACGCAAGAGGAUCCUACCUGCAAGGCACCGGCUUUCAGCCUUACUCUGACCGUGGUGGGUUGGUCUCACAGGGUCAUGCACAUCACGCUGAGGAAGAUCUAAAAGUCAUCACUGUGGCUGUUCCCACAAUUAGUAGUGCUGAUUAUGGUGCAAAGGGGCCAACAAAAGAGCCAACCCCGACAGUAUUGGAUGUUACGGAUAGAGUGGCAGGCAAACAGCCUGAUGUCAAGUUGUGUGCCAGAGGGAUGCAGGAAGCACAAUGUUCGUCAAAGGACGAUAAAGUCGAUAAACCAGCACUCGAGGGGAACAUCAGCAGCCCGAUCGAGGAGAAGGACCAGGAGACAGAGGAGGAGAGGGGGCAAGCGAAAGCGAGAGCUGAGCAGAGGGAGGCCGAGAAACGAGUGCAAGAGGACAUAGAGGAGGCAGAAACGAAGGCCGUAGGGACUUCGCCGGACGGGCGCUUCCUAAAGUUCGACAUAGAGAUUGGGAGAGGGUCUUUCAAGACCGUGUACAAGGGACUGGAUACGGAGACGACGGUGGAAGUGGCAUGGUGUGAGCUGCAGGACCGUAAGCUGUCCAAGUCGGAGCGCCAGCGGUUCAAAGAGGAAGCCGGGAUGUUGAAGGGUCUCCAGCAUCCUAACAUUGUCCGCUUCUAUGACUCCUGGGAGGGUUUGUGCAAAGGAAAGAAAUGUAUUGUUCUCGUCACUGAGCUCAUGACAUCUGGCACGCUGAAAACAUACCUGAAGCGCUUUAAGGUGAUGAAAAUCAAGGUCCUGCGCUCAUGGUGCCGGCAGAUCCUUAAAGGUCUCCACUUCCUGCACACCAGGGCCCCACCCAUCAUCCACCGGGACCUGAAGUGCGACAACAUCUUCAUCACGGGUCCCACGGGCUCUGUGAAGAUCGGAGACCUGGGACUGGCCACGCUGAAGAGGGCCUCCUUCGCCAAAAGUGUCAUAGGUACCCCUGAGUUUAUGGCUCCUGAGAUGUAUGAGGAGAAGUACGAUGAAUCCGUAGAUGUCUACGCCUUCGGGAUGUGCAUGCUGGAGAUGGCCACCUCUGAGUAUCCCUACUCAGAAUGCCAGAAUGCGGCGCAGAUCUACAGACGGGUAACAAGUGGAGUAAAGCCUGCGAGUUUUGACAAGGUGGCCAUUCCUGAGGUGAAGGAAAUUAUAGAGGGCUGUAUAAGAACAAACAAAGAUGAGAGAUAUGCCAUAAAGACCCUGCUGAACCACGCGUUCUUCCAGGAGGAGACGGGGGUCAGGGUUGAACUUGCGGAGGAGGACGAUGGGGAGAUGAUUGCGAUCAAACUUUGGCUCAGGAUAGAAGACGUCAAGAAGCUCAAAGGCAAAUAUAAAGAAAACGAAGCCAUCGAAUUCUCCUUUGACCUCAACAGAGACGUACCUGAAGAUGUGGCGCAGGAAAUGGUUGAGUCUGGCUAUGUUGCCGAGGGUGACCACAAAACCAUGGCCAAGGCGAUCAAGGACCGCGUGUCUCUGAUCCGAAAGAAGAGAGAACAGAGGCAGCUAGUGCGGGAAGAACAGGAGAAGAGGAAGCUGGAGGCUGAGAAACGGCAACAAGAGGCUUUCAAAGCUCCACACACCCAGUCGAAGACAGAAGAAACGGAGGCAGAACAACUUCACCAUCAGCAGACGGGCCUCUCUCACACAUCUGAAGGCGGUUUGGACAGCGGACAGGGCUCCUCAGUUUUCUCCUCCGACUCCCCCCACCUGGGUCAGCUGACCAUGUCUUACAGCUGCCCCCCGACCUCCCAGCCCCCCUCCCAACCCCAGACCCCUUACCCCCAAACCCCCACUGUUGCCUCGCAUCAACAUCCAGGCUACUCCCAACCACCGCAGCCGAUGCCUGCGUCACACGGCCGUCGAAGCCGUAGCAUGUCUAUUUGCGUCCCCCCUUCUUCGUACUCCUUUUCCCACGCUCCUUCAUCCCUGGCCGUUCCUCCGAAAGAGGCCGCCACGCCUCCUCCAGACCUGUCCUCCCACACCUCCACCACCUCCCCCUGCGCACCUCUCGCUUCUGAGAGGGACACAUUCGCUGGCCGCCUCUCCAAGGCCCUGGAGACGGUGCUGCCCCUGCACUCGGGCUCCUCCCAGCCCAGGGCCAGGCAGCGGAGGGCCAGUCUGCCUGCCCUGUUCUCCACCCCUCAGCAUUCAAUGCCACACCCCUUCGGUGGAGGAGCAAGCUUGGCCGGAGGAGUCCCAACUUUCCCGGAGCCUCCGGCUAUUUUCUUCCCCGCCAUCCCCGAGCGCCCCAUUUCCUUCUCUCCUCCUCCCACUGGCCCUCCGAAGGGCUACAACACCCAGAGACGUAAAAGCACCUCCAUUCUGGAGGCGCAUACGCGGCACUUCCAGCCCGCAUACCCUCGCUACGGGAGCACCCUGCACCCGUUUUCUGGGAUGGAAACUGUUGAGGGUCCGUCUCUCUUUAUGGUGAAUCCUGGCUUUGCAGCAGCGGCUCAGAGACUCGGCCCUGGCGAUUCUCUGCAUCUCCCGGGGCAAUCCGAGCCGACUCUGUAUGGCUAUAAGGACAUGAAAGCGGAACAUGAGGAAGCAGUGAGGCGGCUGAGUCUUAAUCAAGCCGCUUUGUUGGACCAUUACGAAGCAAUGGCGUAUGCGGGGUAUCCGAUGACUGCCCACCAGCUGGGUCACCUGAGUUUCCAUCAUCAGAGGCAAGCUGCAGCAGCGGGCUUGGGCUUUGAUCCUGGUCCUCCACCUCAACCAGGGUUCAUCCACCCACAGAUCAUGCAGAGAAUAAGCGCACACAGCCCAAUACCUCCGACGCUGCCCCCCAUGGCUCCUUCCUCCAGUGGUUCAAUCUCUUCUUCGUCGUCCGAGGGUUGCUUUCCUCCACAGCAUGCGUCCUCAUCCCCCUACCCCAUUUCUGCACCUCCAGUAAUGGCCGAUGCGCCGCCUGCUGGAAGUGUUUUUGAGUUUCAUCUAGCUGCAGCCGCUGCGGCCGCCGCUGCAGACCCAAACCUGCUGGCGUCCAGGAUUUACAGAGCUCGCCGCAGCUCCAUGGACCUCCCUCUGGAGGACAGCUCUGGGACGGGGUCGGGUGGUUCGGGUACCUACAACCGACUUCAGCCGGUAACAGAGGAGCUCUAUGCCUACAUCAGUCCAGAGCUUCCUUUGCCUCCAGGAAAUCUCCUCCUUCACCACAUCGGUUUGACCGCAAAGGACCGAAGCCCUGAACCGUCCAGCGACUCUCUGGCCUCCUCUGAUGCAGGAGAGUUUCAGUCGCCUCCUCCCCCAAAUCUCCCCGCUCAGUUCGACUCGUCGGCCGCUCAGACAAUCCCUCGGCCCUCCUCUUCCGCACACUACAAUUCCUCGGCGGGAGCCCAUCUCCAAGAACCCCAGGGUCAUCCGCCUUCAGUCCAGAACUUUUUCCCUCCUACCCCGUCGUCUGAACUCCCACCUGGUGGUGCAUCGUCAGCUCAGCCGGAGUCUCUGCAGAGUCCCUGGCCCCGGCAGGAAGCCCAGCACAUUGCAGCCCAGCAGGAGUCAUUGCAGGCUGCUAUUCCCCCUCUGCAGCAGGUUCAGACUCCCACCCCUAAACCAAGUUCAGGAACUCCUCUGGUUCCUGCCGCCACUCAGCCUGAUCCCACAGGAACUUCCCAACAGGCUGUGUUAUCUGGUCAGAGUUCUGUUUCCCUUCAGAGUCCAACACACACAACGCUGCAGCAGACGUCUGCACAGCCCAGUUUACCUCCACCAACUUCUACUGUUCCCAUGGUGACCCUCCCUUCUCCGUCGGCUCUUCCGACACCAGUCGUGCCCUCCCUCCCCUCUCCUCUGCCAAUCCCUGUUGGGGUGGUGCCUACACUCGUUCUCUCUCCUCUUCCUCCUGUGCCCACACCUGUGCCUCAGCCUUUGGCCACUGUGGUGCCAGUCAUCAGCGUAGUCACCGUCCCUCCUGACUCUCCCAUGGAAGCCCCUCCUAAGUCGGCGUCGCAAGCUUCAGAGGGCCAAUUACAGCCACCCCAAGUUCUCUCAUCUAUAGAAAGCGGCCACUCGGAGACCUCAGGCCUGAGCGACGGAAACGAAGGAGGCGCCGGCCGUCAUGAGGGUCGCUCCACCAAACGGCAUCAGAGGCGUUCUGUGCGGAGCCGGUCGCGCCAUGAGAAGACAUCCAAGGCGAAACUCCACGUCCUCAGCAUCUCCAACCGAGGAGACAGAGUGGCAGAGUGUCAGCUGGAGACUCACAACAGGAAGAUGGUGACAUUUAGGUUUGAUCUGGAUGGAGACAACCCUGAGGAGAUCGCCCAGAUCAUGGUUGAGAGUGAGUUUAUCCUGGAGAGUGAGCGGGAGUCGUUCAUUGAGCAGGUCAGAGAGGUCAUCGAGAAUGCUGAUCAGAAGGGAGACACAGGUGGUCAGAUGAUUGGUGACAAGGAAGAGCAGAUUCCUGCGAGAAGCGGCCCCAUGCCGGACAUCCCUCCCAGUGCGACGUCACAGGUGGUCCACUCAGCAGGACGGAGAUUCAUCGUUAGUCCUGUACCAGAAGGUAGACUGAAGGACCAAACCCUGCCCCCCUCACCUACACCUGCCCCGCCAACUCCAUCUGAAGCUGCUCAGUCUGAUACUCCUGGCCAAAUGUUGGUAUUUUCCCAGUCUGCCGGAGCGGUCACGUUACAGCAAGCCUUCUCUGAGCUCAGGCAGAGUAAAAACCAGUACGACGCAGGUCCUAACACCGCCCCGGCCUCCGUCCACUCCACACAUCCUCCCCUGCAGCCCGCAGCAGUGGCGGCCUCCCCACACAGCAGCGUAGUCACUCCCUCCGUGGAUUCAAGUCUAAAUCAAGUCAAAGAGCAGCUCACUGAAGCGCCUCCUCUUUCCCUCUCCUCCACCUCUGCAGCCCCCGUCUCCUUCAGUCCUCCCUUUUCUUCGUCUCCUCCUCCCACCGCGGUAAAUCAGAUUAUCCUCCAAGCUCAGCCCGUGAUGCAGGCUGCGUCUCGACCACAAGCACAAAGUCAGACGCAAACUCAGCCCCCGGCUUAUAUCCAGCCCCAAACGGUUUCCGCCGCCUCGCUGCCUACCUCCGUACCAACGGCCAGCAUCCCGCCGACGGUGCUCACUUCCUCUCUUCUAGGCCAGACUGUCCCGUUUGUAUCCUCGCCUCCUUCUUCUACUCUCAAACUCUCAUCGGAUAAUCCGUCAGUCUCCCCCACCUCAGCCUCCGCUAUCCCCACUACCGCCAUCCCAGGUCCACAGAUCUCUCCACCCUCCUCCGCCCCUCCAGUUCCCGCAGCUGGCUUGUCCACCUCUGUGGGUCUCCAGCCGGUGACCACAACCAUUCCUCCGGUCCAGCCCACUCUGGUCCACUCACAGCCACAGACUGCAGCCCUGCCGGGGCAGACACACACACACUGUGGAGAAUGUGACACGAGGACUGAGGCUUCCUCUGAGUCCGUAGGCAAACCGGACGACAUCCAAGCUCUGGACAUGAAGCUGCGCUCGCUCUUCAUGGACCUCGGCGGAGGGGUGCCAUCCACACAGGGAGACAUCUUACCUGCUGACCCCGCCUCCGGCGCCGCGGCGGCUGGUACCUCGUCCCCCAUCAGCGCUGGCCCUACCUCCACCACAUCUGUAACAGCUCCUGGCUCCACCCAGUCGGUCAACCCACCGCUGCCCCCCUCCAGCCUGGCAUUGGGCCCUCUGGGGUCAGCGGCACCCAUGCAAGGCCCAGGGACACCUGUAGCUACCCCAGCAUCGUCCAUCAUCCCUGCCUCUUCCAUGGGCCAGACUACUCCAUCCAAAACCCCCCUAUCCAGGGUUCCGGCCACUUCUCCUUCUGCAGAACUCCUGACACCCUUCCCUGGACCUUGUCUAAUACAGUCACAGCAGCCUCUGGAAGACCUGGACGCCCAGCUGAGGAGAGCAUUGAGUCCAGAAACUGUCCCUGUCUCUCACAGCAGUGUUCCUUCAAUAGGACAGCCAAUUCCAUUCUCACUGGAAGAAGAAAAAGCCGCUUCCCCUGCUCCUCCUCCUACAGGUGGAAUUAAAUUAGGAAGAUUUCAGGUGUCCUUGGCUGCUGAAGAGCCUGCUGUCCAGCGCCCGUCCUGCACCGAGUCUUCCUCCACCACCUCCUCCACUUCAUCCUCCUCCUCGUCCUCCAGCCUCUCCAGUCCGGAGAACACGUUGCACAAAGACUCCCCGUCCCGUCUGAGAGGGAAAGGAGUAAAAAGCGGAGACGUUGUGGACGGACUCCCCCAGAAGACUCCGGCGGGAUCCCACCUCAUCUCCCCUCUCGGUUCCCCGUGCCUCUCCCCCAAACCCACCACCACCAUCGGCCGCUUCCAGGUUACGACCAACUCUGAGACCCGGGUCGGGCGGUUCUCGGUCAGUCGUGCCCAGGAGCAGAACCAGGAGCCCAAGCAGAGCCCUCCACCUGCUGCUCGGGUUGCUGCUAACGGACCCAGCAAUCCCGGACAGGUUCUGUCUCCAGACUCGCCUCAUAAAGCCUCUCUACCAAGCCUAAACAACAACUCCUUCAACAACUCCUACAUGAGCAGCGACAACGACUCUGAAUUUGAGGAUGAAGACUUUAAGCAGGAAGUCAGAGGCCUCAGAGAAAAGCACAUACGUGAAAUUCAGGCCCUCCACUCUCGCCAGAAGGAGGAAAUCGAGUGUUUGUUUACAAGGCUGGGAAAGGUUCCUCCAGCUGCCGUGAUCCCACCCCUCAUCGCCUUUACUGGCAGAAGGCGGCGACCCACCAAAAGUAAAUCUUCAAAAUCGUCCAGAAGCAGCUCCACCCAUGGCAGCAAGAGCCCUUUACAGCCAGGCAGCACUUUAUCCGCCCAGAGCGUCCCGGCCGUGUACCCCGGCCAGCUGCCUCUGCUGGCCCCCGGAGUGCUGGCCGACACCGUGCUCCAGCCCCUCAAGCAGUCCGCGUCCAGCGGCAACCUCUGUUCGGCCUACACCAGCGAGGCGGCGCUGUCUGUGCCCAGCUUGUGUGCUCCGACCCCAGGCUGUGUAAAGUUCAGCUGGGGUUCGGAGCGUGUGGCCUUCAAGCCGGGUGGCAGGAGGACGCGCUUUCUGAGUACGCCCUGCUUGGCUCUUUGGAAGAUGGUGAAAAAAGUCUGCCCCUGCAACCAGCUCUGUAGGACAAACAGCACCAACGCAGUGAGCGGUUCAGAGGGGCUGGGUCAAAGCCAGGGGGGUUCUCAAUGUCUGGCGCCCAACAUGCCAGCACCCCACCAGAGGAAAGGAACCUUCACCGAUGACCUCCAUAAACUGGUGGACAACUGGGCCAGGGAUGCCAUGAACCUCUCACAGGGUAAAAGGAGUGCCAAACAGCAGCAGCUGCAGCAGGCCCCAGCACAGGGACACAGUUAUGAGGUUACCCAGUCGGCCAGUCUGGGCAGGAAGUACUCUGCUCCCAGCCAGCUGUGUCCCUGCAGCAUCGGAGGCUCCGCCCACCUCCCUGCAAACCCCACCAGCGCUACCUCUCUGGCUGCCAGAAAAGGCUCCCUCUGCCACCCUCCCGCCUCCUCUGCCCUGCCCCAACUCCAGCCCCCCCAGUUUAUCCCCUACGCCCCCAGUGCCACCUACACCACCCAGUGGUGCGGUCCGGCUCACAGCAUGACGAACCCGCAGCAAGCACCACCGCAGCCUCUCUUAGUCAGCGCCUCCCAGCCUCUGGGGCCCUACGCCCCUCCACAGGGCCAUCUACCGGGACAGGGCCCCUACCUGCUCACUGCCACUCUGCAGAAGUCAGUGAGCAGCCCAGGGGGGCCGAACAUGAGGACCACGUAGGGUCUGGCCGCCCGGGCCGGUUUUACUGACAGACGGCCCAGUUGGACAAGUGAAAGGCGGCUUGUUUUGCAGCCAGAGAAAAAUGAGAUGCACUGGAGUGGAGAAAAAAAAUCAUAGCAGAAAAACAAAAUGUUAGCAGUGUGUAGGUGAGGCGCCCUCCUUGCUUUGGGGUCGUGACAACCAGCCAAAGGAUCAAACAGAAAGGAGAAGAAAUGCAUGUUUUGUUUAAAGAGGUUUCUGACCAAGUGCAGUGUUUGUUGGGUGCAUCACAGCAAAUGGGAAUAUCUUUGGAAAGUUCAUUUUUUCAGUAUUUUAAUUCAGUAAUAACAAAUAGAUUCAUUACACACAGAGUGAUAUAACUGGAGGAUUUAUUCCUGUUGUUUUUUAUGAUUAUGGCUUAUAGAUGAUGAGAGUAAAAUGAGCAAAAAAGCAAUAACUUUUAUUUUUAAAAAGUUAGUGUUUUGACCUUGUCAUGACUUACACAAUCAGAAGUAAGCACAGUUUUUCCUUCCACUAAACUUCUGACAUUUAUAUGUUUGAUACAGAACUCUGUUCCCAGCGAGAUUCUUCAGCAACAAUCUGCUGGAUUGCUGUCGAGAAUAUCAUAUUCUGAUUUUCUGAGAAACAGAGUUAUGAGUUUUUAUCACCUACGGUGUAGAAUUAUCAACAUUAAGAAAAAAAACCUUGAGAUAUAUCACUGUGUGUGAUGAAUCCCUAUAACUCUUGUGUGUCGCAGUUUGAAUUAAGCUACUGAAGUAAACAAACUUUUCAAUAAUUUGUUAGAUUACUGAGAUUCACCUAUAAGAUGAUUGUUUAGAAGCAAAUUAUUAUUUUUUUCAACUUUGUACUCGUUUUCUUUUUAAAGCAAAGUCUCCAAACAGAGUGAAUCCAGCAAAGCACCACGGCAAAUACAGGUGUUUGCACACGAAAGCAUGAGUUCAGUGUGUGCAAUCUUAAAAAGCACAAAAAAACGAAGAGAUCUCAAAACCAGUGCAUAUCAAGGUGUUGUACCUCAACUGGUUUUGUUUUUUGUUUUCCUCCCUCCGAUCAAUUAUUUAACAAGUUGGGGAAGAAGAGGAGAACGGGCCUCAUCUGCUCACCGUUUGGGCCAAACAGCUGCCUCUACACUCCAGAUGCCUCCUCCUCGUCACGCCUCAUCCUCUCACCCCGCCGCUCGCCUUUCUGUGUCGCCGUGUGAAGCAAUAACAGCAGCAACCUUUUAGGAAGGGAAGGGGGGAACAAAACAAAAGAGCUCAAAAUGAGAAAAACAAGUGGCCUUGUUAUCAGAAUAAUAUCAGAGUCCUUGUACAGUUUUAUUUUUUUCUCCGAAUGUCUGCUUAUGAUGAUUCCAUUUUGGUGUUUAUUUUGGUUUUGUUGGGUUUGUUUUGCUCGCUGCCACCACACACACACACACACACACACACACACACACACACACACACAAUGCACAAGACGUGCACAAAAAAGCAAAUAUACCCACACAGACGAGGCGUGGCAGCAGUUUAACUGACUUGGACUCACAGAUGUAUGCCUCAUUUCUGACUAGGCUGGUUUCAACGUUUGUGUUGAAAUAAUUGCAAAUGUAAAUUACUAUAUUAAUGUUAUUCUAUUUAAGAAGAAACAAAUAAUAAUAAAAAGAAACCCGUGUUCUGUCAAUGGACCUGUUACGUGCACAUCGCUGUACGAUGUGGAGACACUGUGAUUAUUCUUGUUUAUUCUUAGCAAAAAAAAAAUGUUGUUGGACAACAUUAGUUUUUAGGGCGACGCGUCACAAAAAGCAUUCAGAGAGCGGUUCGAGUCGUUUCCUUUUCAGUUCAAUGGCUUUCCAUCAAAAUUUGAAAACAAAAAUGCAAAACCAGGCACGGGCUGGUAAUUUCAAACAAAAAUGUCCGACUUUCAAAGCACUUUCACAGCUACCAAAAUCAAGCCGUUCCUAGAGUUUGUUGCUUCGAAGCACCAGAGAAAUUAUUUUUGCAACAGGAACCUCAGUAACCACAAAUACUGUGCAUUAUGUUUAUGACUGGAAAAAAAACAUUAGUCUUCCUCGUUGCAAGGAAAGAGUGACAUUUCUUUCAGUAAAAUGACAAUUUGCUGCAAUGGAUGGAGACGGAGCUAAACUGUUUGUCUAAUUUGUAUACAGCCAGAUAAAUCUGAUUGCUAUAGCACUUUCUCUAAUUACCUAAAAUGUAACAGUAUUGCAGAAAAUUUAGCGAUUUCUGACACUUUUUAAAAUUUUACUGUACCGGAAACUGCUUACAUUGAGAUUUUGUUCCUUUUUAUUAUGCAAGGGGAAAGUUUAGCAUUUUUUCAGGCUGCAACAGUUUCUUAGGCAUUUCCUUUGAAGGACUUUAAAUUGUAGAAACAACAACACAAACGAUUAUUCUCCAUUUUGAAACUGUAUGUUAUUUAACACCUUGAAUCCGGUAACAGGCCCAUGCCUCGUGACGUUACUUUCAACAACAAAAAAAUCAUCCUGGCAUCCAUAUUCAAGCUUGUAUAUAUAUAUAAAAAAAAAUCCAAUGCCUUAUUGAUAGCUGAUCAUCUUCUCUGAUUACUUAUUGAACUGAAAGUGGAAACUGACCUCGUUCCUGCGUUCGAAUGGCAGGAUAGUUGAUAUUUAGAUAAUAAAAUAAAGCUAGCUAUUUUUUUCUUAAUACAGUACUUAUAUGUCAGCCACUUUAAACAUGCCCUCCUGCUCCCUUUCCACCCUGGUAUUGUUGGAUGAAUGUGAAUGUAUAAACCAAUGGUGUCCAUUUUAAUGUACUUGAAAAGAAAAACUGUUUUGUCUUUUUGUUUUCACUGUUUUUGCCCCUAAAUCUUAGAGCCUUGGGUUAAAACCGGAGGAACUUAUAGUGCCUUGCAUCCUUCCUGUUGCUUGUCGGUUGAAAGCGGCAGAAUGCGUUUGGAUUUUCCCUGAGCCAGCGACGGUUGGCUGCGUUGAAGGUGCGACGGUGAUAAAUGAGGAGUUUACUUUCUGCAAAAAUGCAAACAUUUGACUGCUGUUCAAGUUGGACGAUAAAGAUGGGAAGGUAAAUCUGUCGUCACUCUGCCGCUGUUCAAUCCAGAAGUUAACGGUUAGAAAAGGCAGUCAGUCGUCAGUGUUGUUUCUGUUGCUGUGAGUCUUUUCAUUUUUAAGGAGGGAAGUUGUUAAAGAUUGUAUCUGAAGCUUGGACCACUCUGUACUCUGGGUGCAACAUACUGCUUUCUUAACUUGAACCGAAAGUUUCACUUGAGGUUGUUUGACAUAAAAAAAAUAUAUAUCUUAUUUUAAGACAUCCUUAAUUUUCCUCUGAAUAGUUUGACAUGGUGAGCUGCACAGGGGUUCUGUAAAAUGCAGAAGAAGUGAAUGGAAGUAGCUGAAAAUCUCACUCUUCUAAACACAUCACUGUGUUUUCAGAUGGAAGGGUUUAGCUACAUUAAUGUAGCUGUGUAAACAGCAUUUGUAAACAAAUACCAGAUAAAUCGAUUUUAUAAUCCACCCAAAAUAUUUUCAGACAUGCAUAAUUCCACCAGAAUGUGCUGUUUGGUUACUGGGGACGCAGUGGUUGUGUAAAACAUGGCAGCAGCUAAGUCUCACUUUUCUUUACAAAAUCAAUUUCUAUUCUUAGUAUUUAAAGGACAGUAAGUUUUUAUUUCGCAAACUUACUAUCCUGUCAGUUUGGAGGUUUUUUGAGUGCUUGAUGCUUAGUUUUUUCACCCUUCACAGUUUUUGUUUGUUGCUGUUUUUCAUCGAGAAAAGGUAAACAUUUCUUUAGAUGCAUAAGGUUGAGGCGGCACAAAUGGGAAUUCAGCAAAUUUUACUCCUAAAUGUCUAGGAACCGAAGCAUGGCACAUUUGGGAGGUUAAGCACAGUGAUGGUUUUGUUGCUGGGGAAUGUAUUCAAUUUCAGUUACAUCACUCUAGCGCCCUUUGUUUCUAAACAUUUUAAAUAUAUCUUGUGCAAAUUUGGUGGUUUGUAUUGUGGCAUUUUCCCAUCCCCAAAAACAAUUUUUCUUAUGCUUUUUUUUUUUAUGUUAAAACUGUGAAUGCUCUCUGAGCCGGUUUCCUUUAGAUCUGUGAAUGACCUUUCCUCCUGACCCGCAACAAUACCACAGCACAAAGACAUUUGUGUUAUUUUUUUUUUAUUAUUAUUAUUUUUUCAGGUAACCUUAUUGGUGGAUUAACAUCAGAAGAAAACAGAUUUAACAGCAUUUUAUUGCUGGAGCUGCUCUGGUUGCCAGGCAAAAGUAUUGCUAAUGAUUUCCACAUUUAACUUGUUCCCCAUUUAAAUAAGUACUUGCAGUGCAGAGCAGUGAAGUUAAAGUGACCCUAUGCCAUGAAGCUAUAAAAGAGUAGAACUAAAAUGCAGUGCCGCUUUAAUACAACAUUAGCUGCGUUGCUUUUAUCCCCUUCUCUCAAGAAAGCAUUUUGUCAAUCGUAACAUUAGUUUCUCAUACUUAAACAUACUUUUGUUUCGACAUCUUUAUCAAAUUUGGUCCUUUUUUUAUUCAUAAUUUUUAAGUCUCAGUAGUUUUAGGAGCUGUUUCAAAGCUUGUUUGCUCCUUCUUCUGCACUGUGCUCAGCGUCGUGCAGAAGGGGCUGAGCGAAUGACGGCAAACGGAAAAAUAACACCUGGGGCGGUAUGUUUUGCACUUACUAUAUAGAGUGUUCAAGCUUCAAAUUAAAAAUGAACAUUUGCGUUACAACACAAUGAAAUUUGUUACUUUAUUUGUAAAAACUUAAUAAAUAAAGUUGUUUAAAUGAAUGGGA